AUGUUCAAAAAGAUCCAUUCUAUAUUUCACCCCAACUCCCAGCAAAGAAACGUGACAGAUGACAUCCCUUACAGUGAUGGCGCAGGUUCUGCCGUGAGACUGAUCCGCAGCACUUCUAUGUAUGUCCUUGGAGGUGAGCAGGACAAAGUUAGUGAACCACUAAAAAAGUGCAGAAGUACAACCAGCAUCGACUCUUGCUUUCAGCCAAAAGAGGAGGACAGAGACUGGAUGUACUCUAAGACUCAGGACUGCUUGAAGUACCUACAGGAUCUGCUAGCCUUGAGGAAAAAAUAUCUAGAAAACAUCAAUAAUUUGAAAUCCAUGCAUAUGGCUGCAGAUUCUCCAACAUCCACAAGAUCAUCCAAAACUGGAAAAAAGUCAUUUCUUCCACUUCCUUUCAAAGAGUCUUCUAAGGCAUCCAUGGAAAGAAAAGGCCCACAGUCCAGUUCAGACGUAAGAGAAGCAAUAGCCUUCUUUGACUCAGUCAUUGCAGACCUGGAUUCAGAGAGAUGGCGGAGAGUUCCUGACGUGGAUCUGCCAAAUGUGGAUGUCGAUUUUGAUGUUGCUACCAGUACGAGUGAACACAGUUUGCAUUCAAACUGGAUCCUUCGUGCUCCCCGGAGAUACUCUCAAGAUACUGCCCAAGCAGCUAAGCAAUCUCAAAGAAACAGUCAGAGGAGAACCACUGGCUCUAGGAAAAGGCUGGAAAGGCAUCCCAUGUACCUGCCCAAAGCUGUGGAAGGGGCAUACAGCACUUUAAAAUUUAAGCCUAAAACACGCAAGAAAGAAUGUUGAAAGAAGAAUGUUCCCUUUUCACUUGAAGACAGAAUAUAUGAAAUAGGGCAUGUAGGACCUGAUAUUUUUUUUCUUUUUUACCACUGAUCCAUCACUUACA